UUACAUAUUAUAUCGUAAUUGUACGAUGUUAUUGUAUUUUGUGCAGAUAAUUUGCUUGUUUUAUUGUAAAUAAAAAAGCCUGACAUAGACAUGUCACUGGUAAAUACCCAUUCAAUGUAAACUAAUUUAGCGUCAACUACAGACGCUGCAUCCACUGAUGCCACCAUGUUUCCUCACUGAUACACCACCACCAACUCGGAAACUCUGAGCUCAAUGAAAAUCCCACUCGUAAUUACGACUUUGUGGUGGCGUUCAUGUGCGUUCAACUCGUAAACACGAUAUUUCCGACAUAACUUGAACGUACCAUAUGUUCCUCUAAGUAGCAUUUUAGCACCGCCCACAUCAGUAAGGCGAUUUGUGAUUGGUUCUUGUUUGUCGUGACCUGGCAACCGAGUGGCAGCUCACAGACGCUCGCUCAUCCUCUCUUGCGCUUUAUCUAUUACCGACAAAGCGUUAAACAUUGCCUAAUUUACGGGCUAAUUUGUGAUACUUGUAAGCAAGCGUUGUUUGUAGGAAACUCGGGAAGAUGUCGACGCGAACGCUGCCUCUUGUGUUCAUUAAUCUCGGAGGGGAAAUGCUGUACAUCUUGGACCAGCGCCUGCGAGCUCAGAACAUCCCAACCGACAAAGCUAAGAAAGUGAUGAAUGACAUCAUUACCACAAUGUUUAACAAGAAAUUCUUAGAGGAGCUGUUCAAGCCACAAGAGCUGUACUCCAAGAAGGCUUUGAGGACGGUCUUUGAUCGACUUGCCCAUGCCUCUAUUAUGAGGCUUAACCAAGCCAGUAUGGACAAGCUUUAUGACUUGAUGACCAUGGCAUUUAAAUAUCAAGCCCUUUUAUGCCCUCGUCCUAAGGAUAUUCUGCUUGUGACCUUUAACCACAUGGAUGCAAUAAAGGACUUUGUGCGGGAUACCCCCAGCAUUCUUAGCCAAGUGGAUGAAACAUACAGGCAACUCAUAGAGAUAUAUACUCCUUUAUCUGGUGGGGAAUUUCAACUAAUUAGACAAACAUUGCUCAUCUUCUUUCAGGAUAUGCAUAUAAGAGUAUCCAUAUUUCUGAAAGACAAAGUGCAAAACUCCAAUGGACGCUUUGUACUUCCUACAUCAGGACCUGUUCCAUAUGGCACACACUCUCCAGGACUUAUACGAAUGUUUAGCUGUAAUGGUGAGGAGGUGAAGAGGUUGCAGUUUCGUGAUGGGGGAAACUACACAGCUGCUCUCCGUGAGGGUUCUUUUGAGCUGUUUGGUGACCGAGUUAUCAAACUAGGCACAAACAUGUACAGUGUAAGUCGCCCAGUGGAGACACACAUGUCUGGAACCUCCAAAAUUUCUUCACAACAUACAAAGGUCAACACAAUACCAAACCCACUGGCAAAAGAAGAGCUGAAUCUACUUGCCAAACUGAUGGGAGGUUUGGAGGUUCGAAAACCAAGCAACACUGAUUCUGGUUUCCGUAUCAACCUCUUUGCUACAGAUGAGGAGGAAGAGGAAGCUUUGAUAUCAAGACCAGCAGAGCUCUCUUACGGAGUUAUAAAUAUUCAAGCAACCAAGGACAAUCAGGCCAAUGCAGAAUUGGCAAAGAUCAUGGGGGAGUUCACUGAGACAGACGAGCCAGUUCCAAGCUCCAGCAGCAAAGGUGAUGACCUUUUGGCCAUGAUGGAUGGCCUCUGAUGUGCAGCGAAUACGCAUUCGGCUUCUGUAAAGCAGUCUAGGUUGUGCAUGGUGUGCUUCAGUGUCUCACGCAGAGAGCUGAAAGAACGGCCUCUCCCAAAACACCAACAACUAGGAGCUGAUAUGUGUUUGUACUGGUAGAGUCAAUCAUUGUCAGACACCGUCCAUCUUGUUUGGGUGCAGCCGAUGUUGGGGAUUCUUUAAGUCUGAGCAGUUGCUGUGAAGUUGUAACUUAAUGUAAAUUUUAAACCUUGGCGAUUUCACUGGACAAGCCACUUGUUCCAUCAACAAAUGCCAUUUAUGGACAUUGACUCUGUGAAAAUAUAAAUUACAAUACAGGCAAGGUAUUGUCAACUUUUAAAAUAAGAAUGAAGUUAAAAUGGACUCUGACAACAUCAUAACAAUAACAAAGCACCAGGGCAGCAAAAGCUAACAAAAUACACAUACUAUACAAAUCUUUACAGCUAACACUAACUAUACAGUGAUUUUUGAUUACACCAUACAUAGCCUUGAAAGUUACUGGCUAUAAAUAAGCAACUAGAAACUAGAAACAGAACAAAACCACUUCUAAGAAAAGCAAUGUCCUGUGUAGGUCAUCUGUGAACUGAGUGUUACCUUUCCCAAAAUAAUACUGACAUCACUUUAAUUAAGAUUUGCACUUUGUGUAGCUGUGUUUUACCAAUUUAUCCUGUAGUUCCACACAAACUCCUUGUAGAAGCAUUAAUACUCACGUACACUACAUUUUCUUCGAGUUUCAAUCCCACACUUAUCAUAACCUUGUUGCAUUAUAAUGAUACCCUGUGAUGUGUUUUGCUUAGAGUAGCUUAAGAAAGCACCAUGGGAUGUAAUGCUAAUACAGUGUCAUCAGUUUUUGUGGUGGCUGUGUACUGCAUUUAGUAAUUAAACAUCAAUAUAUAGUCCAUCAACUUGAUAGAAAUGCAAUGAACCUUGUCAAAACUACAGAGAGUAACUCUAUAUCAAGUCUCCAUAUGGGAAUCUGAUACUUAUAUCUGUUGCACAAUCAGAGAACAGACAGUAAAGAGUGCACAUUUUGCUGUUUGAGCAUAUGUGUACUUGCAUAAAUGUGGAUCAUGUUGAUCAUUUUUCGCUUGGCUGAAUGCUUGGCAGCUCAUGAACCUUAGAUGAGAUAAUUACAGGUGUACCCCAAAAUUAAACUCUCAAUGAUUAAUGUUCCAUUUGUUCAGACAAAAUCAGUUAACUAUCAGAGUUAGCUAUGCCUAAAAUAAAAGCAAAUAAAUUGAAAGGUCUCUGCUUGUUGUUUUAUUCUGUGGUCCUGCCUUUUCACGCUUUGCUCUACCACACCUACACACACACACACACACACACGUGACCUUUAGAUCAGAAAACUGAAUCAUCCCUUUACAUGAAAUGCACUGGAGUGCUAUAGAGCUCCUUUAACUGACCUCACUGUUCAGGGAAAAUCGUGUACUUUUCAGAGAUUUGAGUUUACAGGUGGAUGUAUUUUUAUGUAUUUUAUUUUUAUUUAUUUUACCAUCUAGAAGAAAUGUGUAGAUGUCUACAGAUGUGCAGAGAUUGCAUAAAACACCCUUCUUUCUGUUCUUUAUGUUUGUUCAUUCAUAUGUGAUUCACAAAUAAAACUAUGGAACCAAAGAAAGUGUGCUUCCUACCAAUAUAAAACAUGCCAUUUAGCUUAGUGUUAACACCAGCUUGCCACCACUAGUGUUAAGUUCAUGACAUUUUGUGUGGACCAUGAAAGAAAUAUGUGUGGAUCAUAGCACCAAUUCUAUUUCAGAAAUAAUAUUCUGUGGCAGAGUGUAUGCAAUUUCACGUCUGAGUAAACUGCAUAUUCUUGUUUUCUGUGGUUGGUUUAGUUUAAUGUGAAUAUUUUUGCAAUGUUCAGUUUUACUUUCAGACACAACUUGUAAAUGUAAGACUACUAAACACUACUGAUAUCAAAAAGCCCCCUGUGCUUCUGUAGUAUAACCAAAGCAUUAUUUUUGCUUUGGAUAACAUGCUG